UGAGAGGAAGUUGCCCCUCCACUGAUCUGAUUCUGUACAUGUCUCAGGCGCAUGGUAACAUACGGCAAAUCAAACAACUACACCACCGGAGGUGUUUGGUAGCGUCUUGGGACGUGCGAGUUUGGUGUUGCACAUCAGACCAGGAAGUAUCGUGAAAUUUAUAAGAAGGCGGGACAUCUCUUUUACCAGCAAGCUUUCAAUGAGUCGAGUUUGUUCACUCCCAGUUGCUAGUUCGCUUUGGCAUUUGUUUUUUUUUGCAGCAUUUGGAUUGAAGCAGUUUGUUUGACCGUAUAAAGCGAGAUUAAGCGUUUCUUAUCAUGUUGACACGGGUCCUUUUGCUGCUUUAUUGUGUAUUUUUAGCCCGGUGUAAAGAGCAUCAUACUUCAAAGAGGCAGGUGGAUGACCAAAAAUGUUCCUAUCAGGUAACCGGAUACCUUGAUGAUUGUACUUGUGAUAUUGAAACUAUUCAAGACUUUAAUAACAAGAAGCUAUUUCCCAAAAUACAAGAACUCCUUGAAAGUGACUACUUCAGAUAUUACAAGGUGAAUUUAAAGAAGCCUUGUCCCUUCUGGUCAGAUAAUAGCCACUGCGGUCUGAGAGAUUGUGCUGUUCAACCUUGUAAGCCCAAUGAAAUACCAGCAGGAAUUAGAUCGGAAAGUUCAAAGUAUACAAUGGAAGCAAAUGUGAUUUCCCAACAUGACCGUGACUGUGAAAAGGCUGAGAAGCUUGGUGCUGUCAACAAUUCUUUGAGUGAAGAAACAAAACAAGCAGUAUUGGACUGGACCAGACAUGAUGACUCUACAGACAACUUCUGUGAAGUUGAUGGUGAGACCUUAUCAUUAACCUUUGAAAUAAGUGUUUGCAUUUAUUAUGCAUUUACACAGGACGGUCUGAUACCGUUGAUUUUUGUAUGAUACACUGACAUCAUCAAGUUAUUUACAAUUUAAACAAUGACCAAAGUAAAGUUUCUAAUGUAGUUAGCUAGCAUGACUGACAGCAUUCACAUUAGGUCUUGGUAAUUUACUCAGAACUGGAUUGGACACAGCAGAUCAAAUUACCUAUUCUUAGCUGUAAUCAUUCAUAGCCACUU